AUGAAUCUAUGUAGAGUGCCAUUAAAUUUGUCUCCUUCGGCAAUUUGGGCCCGGAAUGGUAUCACUGUAGCAGGAAUAGGCAAUGGAACAUCUGGUGACACUCUUAAUAAUCUCAGUUUUAACUACAGUAUUUACAUGACACAUGAAAAUGUGCUCUAUGUCACUGAUAUGGAUAAUAGUCGUAUUGUUUUAACUGGACCAAACUCAAAAACUGCUAUAGCUGUUAUUCCCGACGAUUCUAACUGCAGUUCUCCUGUCUCUGGUCCUGUAGAUGUUUUCGUCACUGAAAAUUAUGUCUAUGUUGGAGAGAUGACAAAUUUUCACGUGCUAAAUGUGCUAUAUGGACUAUUGCUCGAUGCAGCUUUAACCCUGCACAUUGCGGAUUAUGGUAACCAUCGAAUUCAACGAUGGGACUAUGGAGCUUCAUGUGACGUGAAAGUGGCAGGAACAGGAGCUCUGGGUAAUAUUAGUUUAUCAAACUUAAACUUUCCAUGUGCAAUUGUUGUUGACUUAAAUGGGCACAUGUAUAUUGUUGAUUCUGGAAACAGUACUUUAGGUAACACAUCAUCUUCAAAAUACUCCUCUGUGACAAGUCCAUCGAAUUUCCAACAAAGUCUUACAUCAUAUUUUAGUUUGGACUUUUUGCCAUCGGAUUUUGAACAAUAG